UAACAAGCGGAAGCGCGAACGUUUCCAUUUGACCUGUAGUUGUUUUGCGCUUCGCAGCUCGCUGUCUUUCCACAUGUUUUUGUGGUUGUCAUUGAAACUUAACCAGUUCGCUGGGCCACCGGCCGGGCAGGAAAUAACAGACGUCUCUGCUUCUGCUGCAGAUCGGGGUUGUUUUUACAUGCAGGCUUUUUAUUUCAGUUAGCGUAAGCGAGGCCAGCUCGCUGCUAUGGCUAUAGCAGCUGUGGUGAUUGUCAUUGGAGUCCCUCUAUGGUGGCGGACCACGGAAACAUACCGUGCAUGGUUGCCUGUCAAUCAGAUCAAUGAACUGGCUAAGCUACAGCUGCAGUUGAGUGUCGACGUGGAGGUUGUGUUUGCACGGGGAACUCUGACUCCAGAGCAGCAGAAGAAGGUUCCACUGACACAGACACAGGAAGAGGAGCACUCAGCAGAUGAGAACACAGCCUUGAGAUAUAGGUAUGAGACCAAGCACCGCACAGCUACGAUUAUGGAAGAGGAUGCCCUUAACAAGCCCACUGCUGCAGAGGCAGACCUCUCUCUGCACACGCUCAGUGAGAGUCCAUGUGGUUCUGUGGUUGUGUACGUGAUUCCAGAAUCCUCUUCACUGCUCCCUGAGGAUGUGAGCGUGUACAUUGGUCAGCGGCGGACCGCCCUGCUGCGUAUUGGUGCGCAGAUGAAAGUGGGCCGAACUUUGGAGCAGUUGCUGGCUCACCUGGGGCCUCGGGUGAAGCAGGUGCUCCAGGUGAUGUCAUUCAGUCACACUGACAUCACCGCCGCCCUCAGUGACAGAGUCCGCCUUGGUCCAGGCAACAAGGAGAGCAUUGCUGAUAGCAUGAGAGCCUUCAAAUCCAGCCCAGGUUAUGAGAUUACCUUCAGCCUGCUGAACCCAGACCCGAAGUCACACCGUCUACACUGGGACAUAGAGGGUGCCAUCCAGAGCUACAUCCAGCCUUUGCUUAUGAAACUGGCACCUGUGGCCAACUUCAGUAUUGACUCCCAGAUCUUGUACUACGCUAUGCUGGGUGUCAACCCUCGCUUUGACAGCAACCUGCAAACCUAUACGCUCCAUGCUGACAGCCUCGCCCAUGUCAUCAACCCCGUGGAGGCCAGGCUAGGUUCGAAUGCAGCUUCGUCCAACCCAGUGUUGAACUUCCUGCUGUACGUCCCUGAUGCUCAGCAUUCACCACUUUACAUUCUGGGCCGCAGGAGAGAAACUGUCCCCUCUAAUGCAUUUCAUUCACCGCGUUGGGGCGGGAUCAUGGUUUAUAAUGUUGAUGAUUUAUAUGGACCAGAAGCUGCGUUCCCUGUGAGCGUCAACAUUAACAUGGCCAAAGUCAUGGGAGUCUUCCUCGCACAGCUUCGUUUGAUGCUGGGAGUGCAGCCAUCCUCCCCUCCCGCUGGCUUCCUGGUGGCGCCGUGUGGCAGCACAGGAUUGGCCGACUGGGAGCUGGACCGCCUCAUGUGGAGCCGAACUGUGGAGAACAUCGCCACGGCAACCACCACCAUCACCUCACUGGCACAGCUGCUCGACCAGAUAGGCAACAUUGUCAUCAACGACAACAUUGCCGAGCAGGUGUCGAGUACAGUCACAUCGCUGCAGCUGGCCGUGGCUGAGCUGGAGGCAGGUAAUCUAGGCUUUGCUCUCCAGUACAGUAAGGAAGCCAUCUUGGCUUCAGAGAGAGCUUUCUUUGACCCCUCACUCCUCCAUCUCCUGUACUUCCCCGAUGACCAGAAGUUUGCCAUCUACAUCCCUCUGUUCCUGCCCAUGUGUGUGCCUAUUCUGCUGUCGCUGCUUAAAAUGGCGUCUGAGGCUCGACAGAGACUCAAGGACAAAGAAGCCAAGAAGGACUAAAACUCUGCAGCAGAGAAUACUGGUGCUGCUUCACAGGAAGUCUGUAAACUCUACACUCAUGAUGGACAAAUUAUAAUCCAUGUGUGGCCUUUACAACGAAGUUUUAAAGAAUGGUUUACCUGGAAAACCAGAGAGCAUGAACAAAGCCUCCGUAACUAUUAACACCAGAAGCGUGGGAUGGGGUUUCUAUGGCUGUUUUAAGGGAAAUAACUGUUCUCAUUGUAAUGUUUUAAUGAAUGACUACUGCAGUUGUCGAGCACUGAAUUGCUGUAAACUUAAUGUUGUUAAAAUGGUUGGUAAAGUGGUGAUUUUUUUUUAUAUUUAAAUUUUCAAUUUAUGUUCUAAGUUAUUACCAAUUAAAGUUACAUUUGUAACUAUUGCAUUUUUAUUUUUUAAAUUCAAGUGUUUAACUGCUACAAAACUAACAUA